CUGACGACAUUUACUGAUCGGCUGAAGGCAGUAUUAUGUUGACCGCGAAAGGGCCAAGAAUGGACGGCUGAUUUUUAUUGCCAUAAUGGAGAACUGCUUCCUAUUUGCUGGCUCCUGGAAAAAUGGAGAUUAAAAAUCACUGCCGAUUAAGAAUUUUCUCAUGAUACAUCCGAAUUUCGAAAAUGUUCAAUAGUGCGAAAGAUUCGAAACCGACCGAAACCAAAUGGAGGCACUUCUUUGUGAUGGUUGUGAUGUCCACUUUUAUUUUUGCUGCUAUUUUUACGAUGCGGCCCACCCUUGUUAUUCACCCCAUUGUGGCUAUGGGGGUCCUUAACAGACCCCAAUUUAUACGGACCACCCUCAUUAGGACCCAACAAUUGCAGAGAAUCACAGGAGAGGAGAACAUCCAGUCCGCCAUAAUCAACGAGAAAACGACUAACACCACAGAGUACGCAAAAUACAUAGUCCCGUACGAUAACCAGACAUUGUGUCAAAGUAUCCCAGAAACAAAGAACUGGACAUUCCAAUGCAGUGUACCGUGCAAGGAAUUAAAACUAACCGACAUUCCAACGACUAAAGUGGACGUAAUCAAGUCUUGCUCUAUGUUGCAGGAAGGGGUUUCGUGGUCACUCAUUGCAAAUCGGACAUUUUUUCACGUCCCAUUUAAAUCAAAAUGUCUGGACAAUUUGAUAAAAGAUCAUUGCUCAACAUCCAACGCUGUGCCAAAUAUUGCCCAUUAUGUAUGGUUCUCAAAAAAGGAGAUGAACUUCUAUCACUUUUUAAGCUUCGUGAGCACCUUAAAACAUUUGAAUCCAUGUCUGGUUCUAGUUCACGGUGAGGUGCCUUUUGGACUGUAUUGGGAAUAUAUUGUUUUAAUCGCGAACAAUAUCAUCAAUGUGAAAAUGUCUCCUCCAACAACCAUAUUUGAUAGAAAAAUUGGUCGAAUUGAACAUCAGGCUGAUGUUGCCAGACUUCUUAUCUUGAAAGAAUAUGGAGGAAUUUAUCUUGACACAGAUGAAGUUAUAUUAAGAUCUUUAGAUAACUUAUUGAACUACACUUUUACCUUAAGUCACGCCGUUGAUAAUAACUUAAGCAAUGGUCUGAUACUUGCAUCUCCGAAUGCAACUUUCAUUUCUCAUUGGUUAGACGGAUACAGGACCUACACAAAGGCCCAGUGGGCUUACCAUUCUACCAUUUUACCAUGUAAACUGUCAAAACAAUAUCCAGAUUUAUUGCACGUGGAGAAUAAAACAUUUGUCAGACCAAAUUAUACUCAACUACCACUGUUAUUCAAGAAAAACUUUAAUUGGUCCAAGAAUUACGGCAUUCAUUUGUACAUACGUUUCUACAAAAGUAUGCAUACAUUUAAUGACAUAAGACGUUUGAAUACGACCAUGGGGUCUGUGGCUAGAUACAUCUUGUAUGACACGAAAGAACUUUGUUUCGACACGUAGGUAUCUUGUUUAGUAGAUAGAUACAAUGUAGUUACUUUAUUUUCUGCCCCCCCCCCAAAAAAAAAAUGUACCAAAAAGUUUCAGUCUAAAAGUAGUCAAUGUACGUUCCUCUUAUACAAUGUUAUGUACAUGUAAUGUUCAAUACAUUUUUUCUAUUUAUUUUUUAAAGUUAUUUAGGAUGUUAUACGUUGUAUCUAUAUAACUGAUAUGGGGAAACAGAUAUAAGCUCAAAAUAUUGUGUUAUUUGUACCAGAACAUUUCAUUAAAAUUGAGAGAAAACAUGCAGAUAUUUAUUUACAACAUUCAUAUAUUUUUCUUCAGCACCAAACGGAUUGAUAUGAAUUACUAGAUAAACGUAUUUUUAUGUGCCAUGUACAGUAUUCAUUUAUUUAUUUUGGUAUCCAUGAUGUAUUGUCCUUUUAUCACCCAAAAUCUCCUUUGCAUACAAUUAUUUUUGCAAUGGAGGGAUAUACCCAUUAAAACAAAAAUGCUUUUUUUCGAGGGACGUCUUAGGAUAGCAUUACUCAAGAAACUUGCAGCAUGAAAUAUCAAUCAAUGCUUUUCAUUUUUAAUUCAAGUGCAUACACUUAAUUAAUAUGAGAUUUUAACGUUUAAGAUUUUCCAGGCAUCGCUCUCCAUUGUUAUUUGUUAUUUUUACUAUUUACUGCUGAAACAAUUUACAGCAACUAAAUUAAUAAAUUCAGUCUGAAAGGUAUGUUUAUUGUUAUUAUUU